AUGAAUGAUACUAGCAAUAUGAACAGUGGUAAUACCGGUGGCGUAUGUUCAUCGUGUCUUAAAGAAAUGCCUAUUGUUAUGGCAUCCUCAUCAAAUAAUCCCUUAUCUAAACUCUGCUCGAAUUGUAUGACAGAAUUUGUUGAUCAACAACGUUUUUCUUCUGAUAUGAACAAUAAAUUUCCACUUUUACCUCCCACACAACCAUUAUUAAAUAAUCAACAACAGCAACAACAACAACAACAAGCUCAAUCAAUAUUUCAACCGCAUUUUUCAUCAUUACCAUCUUCAUCAGCAUCAUCAACUUCAUCAUCUGUAUCAUCAAAUCGUCGUUUAAGUGCAUUUGAUCCAUUUGCAUCCGGUAAUAUUUCUCAAAACCUAAUGCACCAUCCAUUAACAGAUUUAAAUAAUACAUAUUCUCCAUUAAUAUCAACAAAUUUUAAAACUGAUUUUGAUUUGACAACAGCAACAACAACAACAAAUGAUUUUAUGCGUUUUUUUCCUAAUUUUCUUAAUGGAAAUAAUCAUAAUAGUGAUCGUGAUAGUCCAGCAAGUAGUAUUCAAAGUAAUGACUUAUCUCAAACAUUAUUUUCUCGUCAACAAUCAACAAUAUCUUCAUCACCAUUAAAUCGUAUAUCAACAAAUGAUCGUCCAUCAUCAUUUUGUUGUUUUGCUAAUAAUCCACCAUAUACAUAUUGUCUUGAUUGUGAAACAUCUUUAUGUGAAAAAUGUGCAUUAACACAUCCAAAAAUUCUUAGUUUUAAAGAUCAUCGACAACAAUUAUUAACUUCACAAUUUAAUAAUAGUCGAUCUACUAUUGGACAACAAUCACCAUUAUCCAAUACUGUUCGUUUACCACAACAAUCUUCAUUAGAUUUUUCUUUAAAUCGUUCACCAUCAUUAAAUAAUUCUUCAAAUGAUUUUUCAUCAUUAUUUGGUUCAGUUUUUUCUCAACUUUCAUUAAAUAAUACAAAUAAUGAAAAUUUAACAAUUAAUAAUUCAUCUUUAUCUUCAUCAACAACAAUUUUUUGUCAUGAACAUUCGAAUUUGAAAGCAUCAUAUUAUUGUGAUAUAUGUUCACAUGCAUAUUGUCAUGAAUGUCAAAUACAUCAUGCUCAACAACAUACAUUAUCAUCAUUACAAGAUACAAUUGAUAGUGCACGACAAUUAACAAAACAAUUUUUAAUUGAGUCACAAACAUUAUUAUAUCAUUUAGAUGAAUCCUUAAAACAAUCAACACGUACAAUUGAAAAUAUUUCAAUAAAAAGUUCCACUAUUGAAAAUGAAAUACGUACGAUGAUUAAAUAUUUUCUUGAUAUACUUUCACAACGACAAGAUUUUCUAUUAAAAAAUAUUGAUAAAAUACAAACAAUUAAAACACAAACAUUACAAAAACAAAUCAAUGAAAUUAAUCAAGUUAUUAAACAAUUACAUUUAACUAUUCUUGAUUGUAAUGAAUGUUUAAAAAAUGGUAACGAUGCUGAUCUUAUUCGUACACGUAAUCGUCUAUGGAAUGAAAUAAUUAAAAUGAAACAAACAUUAUUAUUAUAUUUAAAACCAAUUGAAGAUGAUUAUAUACAAUUUCAAGGUUCAACAACAACAAUAAAUAAAUCAUUAAUAAAUUAUGGUCAAUUAAUAACAUCAACUUAUCCAUCAUUAUGUGAAUUAUAUGGUGAUUCACUUUAUAAUACAAUACGAAAUCGUUUAAAUGUAUUAAAUUUACAAACACGUAAUCAUUUAGGUGAAUUACGUACAACAGGUGGUGAUAAUAUUCAAUGUUGUUUAAUUGAUACAGGUAAUAAUCAAACAGUACCAUGUGAAAUAUAUGAUCGUCAAAAUGGACAAUAUUUUAUAACAUAUAUAGCACAAAGUGAUAAUUUACAUAUAUUAAAUGUGUAUGUAAAUAAUUCACCAAUAAAAGAUAAUCCAUUUCGUAUUGAAAUAAAACAAAAUCGUAAUUAUACAACUAUUGGUUUAAAAUUAGAAUUUGAAAUUGGUGGUGAAGGUGAUGAAGAUGGUAAAUUAUGUCGACCAUGGGGUGUGUGUUGUGAUAAUCAAUCAAAUAUAAUUGUUGCUGAUCGUUCAAAUAAUCGCAUACAAAUAUUUAAUAAAUACGGACAAUUUCUUAGAAAAUUUGGUACACAAGGAAAUCGUCCUGGACAAUUUGAUCGACCAGCUGGUGUUGCAUUUGAUAAGCAAUUAAAUCGUAUUAUUGUUACAGAUAAAGAUAAUCAUCGUAUACAAAUAUUUACAUCUAUUGGAGAAUAUAUAUUUAAAUUUGGUGAAAAAGGUACUAAACCCGGUCAAUUUAAUUAUCCAUGGGAUGUAGCUAUAUCAUCAACAUCACAAAUUUUAAUAUCAGAUACACGUAAUCAUCGUAUACAAUUAUUUUCUAAAGAUGGUUUAUUUUUACGUAAAUAUGGUUUUGAUGGUCCUGUAUGGAAACAAUUUGAUUCACCACGUGGUGUUGUAUUUACACAUGCUGGUCAUAUAAUUGUAUCAGAUUUUAAUAAUCAUCGGCUAUUAUUUUUAUCAUCAGAUUUUCAAAAUGCACGUUUUCUUGGUAGUGAAGGUUCAUCUAAUGGACAAUUUCUUCGUCCACAAGGUGUUGAUGUUGAUGCUGAAGGAAAUAUUUUAGUUGCUGAUUCAAGAAAUUAUCGUGUACAAAUUUUUUCACCACAAGGUAUUUUUAAAACAAAAUUCGGUACGCAAGGUUCAAGUCCUUUACAAAUGGAUAGACCUAGUGGAUUAUGUGUUACACCUGAAGGUCUUGUUCUUGUUGUUGAUUUCGGUAAUAAUCGUAUUCUUGCCUUUUAA